AUGGGGAUCGGGAGGCAGCACGGUGCUGCUACCAUCGUCUUGGGGAUCCUGGAGCUCUUCCUCUUCCGCUUGGCUACGUCGCAGUUGUUCAUCGGCGUCAACUACGGGACGAUCGCGGACAACCUGCCGCCGCCGGCGUCGACGGCCAGCCUGCUCAUGUCCACGUCCAUCGGCAAGCUCCGCCUGUACGAACCACAGCCGGACCUGGUCGCCGCGCUCGCGGGCUCCAACAUCUCCAUCCUGCUGGGCAUCCCCAACGGCGCCGUCCCGAACCUCGCGUCCUCCCCGGCCGCCGCGGCGUCCUGGGCCGCCACCAACAUCCCCACCACGGUUCCCGUCUCCGCCAUCUCCGUCGGCAACGAGCUGCUCAACUCCGGCGACCCCACGCUCGCGCCCCAGCUCCUCCCCGCCAUGCAGAACCUGCUCGCCGCGCUCCCGGCGGGCUCGACCACCAAGAUCUCCACCGUGCACUCCAUGGCCGUGCUGUCGGCGUCGGACCCGCCGUCCUCCGGCGCGUUCCACCCGGACCUCGCCGGCAGCCUGGACCCGGUGCUGGACUUCCUGCACCAGAACGGUGCGCCCUUCAUGAUCAACCCGUACCCCUACUUCGCGUACGCCUCCGACACGCGGCCGGAGACGCUGGCGUUCUGCCUGUUCCAGCCCAACGCGGGCCGCGUCGACGCCGAGUCGGGGCUCACCUACACCAACAUGUUCGACGCGCAGCUGGACGCCAUCCGCGCGGCGCUGGACGCCAAGGGGUACAGCGACGUGGACAUCGUCAUCGCCGAGACCGGGUGGCCGUACAAGGGGGACGCCGACGAGGCCGGCGCCACGGUGGACAACGCCAAGGCCUACAACACCAACCUCGUGGCGCACCUCAAGUCCCAGGUCGGCACGCCGCGGACGCCCGGCAAGUCGGUGGACACGUACAUCUUCGCGCUCUACGACGAGGACCUCAAGGGGGGCCCGGAGUCGGAGCGGUCCUUCGGGCUGUACAAGACAGACCUGACGGCGAACUACGACGUCGGGCUCGCGAAGAGCAGCAGCACGGCGGCACCGACGAGUUUGACCCCGGUUCCGGCACAGGGCACGCCGCAACCGAGCAAAGGGACGAUGCCGACGGGGUUCUGCGAGACCACGGCCGCCGUGCCAGGCAGCACGCAGGGCCAACAGUUGCCGCAGAGCAGCUCGUGCUACAUCCCGGGCGGAGCCGUGUCUCGGCGAACUGACGCCGGCACAUGGCGGCUCGUUUUGUUUGGUGUUUUGCUGUGCUUGGUCAAGGUAGCCGGCAACUAG